AGCAGGACAGAAGAAACCCUAACCCAAAUCUCGAUUACUUUCCGGUGAAUUGUUACAGAUUUGCGCCUAUUCAGUGAAUAACCAAUUCAAUUGCAUUCUGCACUACUGAGUCAGCCGGAUUUGAACAUCAAACUCAAAAUACAUCGGAAAGUUAACAAAGCCACAAAUUGGAUGGUCUACAAUAUUCUCCAUGGAACUUGUCCAAAUUAUUGGAUAGUCUGUAAAAUCAUCCUCGUCCUGUAUUUGCCAUUGCUGGAGCAAGGUACUACUUGGUAAACUGUUUUAUUGCUCCGUGCUGCAAAAGAUGCUAUUUCUGCUUUUGCUCCAUGAUGUAAG